AUGUUUAAUUUUAUGAAUAAAUCAGAAAUUCAAAUUUCCAAACUCAAGGCUAUGUUUUUAGCAAAAAUUUUUAGUGAUGAUCAUUCAACAUUGAAGAGUAUUGUUAAAGAUUUAGAAAUAGUAAAUUCUAGCUAUUCACUUAUUGUAUUUAUAUUAACUAACGAUCAAAUAAAUUCUAGUAAUUUUUUAAAAACCAAUAAAAUAGAACUAGACCUGAUAUUAUAUCUCAUUAAACAUAACUUCUGUAUAGAAUUUGCUAUAUCGCACCUAAAUACCAUUAAAAUUAAGGACUAUUUAUAUUUUUUAUGUUUAAAAGAAUUAUUAAUUAAAAAUAUAAUAGAUAUUGAUAUUGAAAAACUCUUAGAUAAAUUAGAUGACUAUGACAUCUAUCAGUAUUGUGUAGAUAACAAAAUACGGCUUAAAGAACGAGACACAAUAAAUUAUCAAUAUUAUAAAAUACAUAUAAAAGAAUUUGAUAAUGUAAACACCCUUUUAGAACGAGUAAAAAGUUACAAAGACAUUGAAUACAUCAUAAAUUUAACAGGAAUAUCUGUACAUCCAGAAUGCAAAAUAAAUAACAUCGUAAAUUUUAUAAAAAAUGGCUAUAAUCAAGAAUUUUGUAAAUCGAUGCUUAACGAUGCAAAUAGUUUUUUAUCUUUGUACGAUGUAAAACUUGUACUUGCAAAUCUUAUUGCUUCAAAAAACAACCAUAAUCUUGUACUAGCACUUUAUGUAUCAAAGAAAUAUCUCCUAGUAUUCUCUGAUAAUUAUGAUAUAGAUCUUAUUUAUCUAUUUUUACUUAAAUAUUUUUUAUUCUAUGAAGAAAUUUUAGACAUGUUUAAAAAGUUAGAUAUAAAAAAUAAUCAAUUACUUAACAUGAGUUAUAUUUGGAGUGAUGCAUAUAUAAUACUAAAUAAAAAAAAUAAAUUAAAAAAUAAAGAUAUGAAAGAUACAUAUAUUAGUUAUAUUAAUGAAGUUAAAACUACUUUAAUGUCGAGUUUAUCAGCAUUUAUUGAGAGUAAUAAAAUUUCGCAUGCUCUAAAUAUUAUUAACUUAUAUAAAUCUUUACAGAAUAAUACAAUUUUAAAAGAACUAGAAAUAAACAACUUUAUAAAAACCGAGACAGAAUCACAAUUUAAAAACUUUUUGGGAUCUAGAUGCUGUUAUUUAUUUGAAAAAACUGUUGAAGUAACAGAUAUAUCACUAACUGGUGAUUUUUUUGAAAAUGAAGUAAAUAAAGAUAUUGAUGAAAAAUUUAAGAAAUGGUUUACAAACAAUUGGAAAACAUACCAUGAAUAA